AUGCUUCUCCUCAACAUUUUCUCCGUGGCAUUUGCUGCGGCGGCAGUCCAAGCAUUACCCACGUUCGGCAAAUCCAGCGUUUUCGAGAAGGUUGCUGCUCCACCACCAGGUUGGGAAUUGGACGAGGAUGCCGUAUUCGACAAAGAUGUGUCGACGAUGAAGUUGAGAUUGCAUUUGAUUGCACAGAACAUGCCAGAAUUUCACAAGAUGGCCAUGGAUAUCGCUACCCCUGGACAUGCCCUUUAUGGACGUCAUCUUGACCAAACAGUGAUCAAUUCAAUGAUCGCACCAAAGACACAGUCGCGUGACCUUGUGCUACAAUGGCUGUCAACUGCAGGAUUGGCAAACCAAACAAGUGUCUCAGCACGUGGUGACUCUGUUAUUGUAGAAGCAAGUAUCAGCCAGAUUGAGGAACUUCUCCAAGCAGAGUACAACGCUUAUGUUCACACUGGUCUAUACGAGGGUGCUAUCCGAACUCUCGAAUACAGUCUCCCUGAUGCUUUGAAGGGCCACGUUGACAUUGUUCAACCAACAACCUUCUUUGGUCUCCGUGCAAUGCGUUCCGAAAUCAAGCAACAUAAGGAAUUUGACGAAAGUGUGCUCAAUGUUGAGGGUACCGAAGCUGUCACAGGUUGCAGUGGUAGCACCAUUACCCCAACAUGUCUUGCCAACCUUUACUCAUUCACCUCCGCCCCAGCUACAUUGAAAAGUGGGUCAAUUGGAAUUGCUGGAUUUUUGAAGCAAUGGCCAUCCAAGACAGAUUUGACCACCUUCAUGAACAGCUAUGCAUACUUCGCCAACAAGGCAUAUACUUACACCUGUACCCUUAUCAACGGAGGAACUUGCCCAUCAAGUGGCAGUGGUUACCCAGGUAUUGAAGCCAAUCUUGAUGUUCAAUAUGCUAGAGCCAUUACAUCAGAGAUUCCCAACGUCUACUACUCAACUGACGGAUCUCCUCCUAUCGUAGGCAGCGGUUCAAACACCAACGAACCUUACCUAGAAUUCCUUGACUCCCUCCUCGCUGCUACUACACUUCCACAAACCAUUUCCAUCUCCUACGGUGAUGAUGAAGACACUGUUCCCUUGAGCUACGCUGAUGAAGUUUGCAAUCUCUUCUCUCAACUUGGUGCUCGUGGUGUUUCCGUUCUCGUUGCAUCUGGAGAUUCUGGAGUAGGAACUACUUGCGUUACCACUGGAACUACCAAAGGUUUCACUACUAGUUUCCCAGCUUCUUGCCCAUGGGUGACUACUGUUGGUGGCACUACUGGUAACAGUCCUGAGGCAGCCUGGACUGAUGGUGGUGGAGGAUUCUCCUCUGUUUUCGGACAACCUUCCUACCAAACUACCGCUGUCAACAGUUGGCUCACAACCGACACCACCCACAGCGCAGUAACCAAAUACUUCAACGCGUCCGGUCGUGCCUACCCCGAUGUUUCAGCUCAAGCCACAAACUUCGUAAUAAUUGCCUCCGGCAGUGCCGAACUCGUCGAUGGUACCUCUUGCGCAACCCCAACCUUCAGUUCCGUAAUCCAACUCAUCAAUUCCAACCGUGUUGCCGCCGGUAAAGCCGGUCUUGGAUUCCUCAACCCAUGGUUGUACACAAGCGCCAAAUCCGCAUUGACCGACAUUACCACCGGUAAGAUUACCGGAUGUAGUGGUGUUAUUUCUGGUGCUGGUUUCUCGGCCGUUAAGGGUUGGGAUCCUGCAACUGGAUUGGGUACGCCUAACUACACUAAGUUGUUGGCAAUCAGUAAUACUACUUAA